CGGACCACAAUGCGAUGACUUUACCCCGACUCGCUGGUUUGACGAUAUCACCAAAAGUUCCUGCUCCGAUAGUGAGCGGGCAACCGCCGAACGUCCCACUCAAGAAUCGGAAGACGAUCAAAGCAGCUAGGGAAGGCGAAAGCGCAGCGGCAAUAUUGAAGACAGUGUAAAGAAAGUUGCAAACGAUAUACACUGGCAGCCGCCCGUACAGCUCCGAAAGUGGCCCCAGAAACAGCGGUCCGAAGAAGUAGCCCAGAACCCAUGACGAAAUAACGAAACUGGCUAGGGUUGAGUUGGAAGACUUGAAUUCAAGCAUUGCCUGAUUGAUGACGGGUGCCAACAUGGUAGAUCCAAGUGGCGUCAAGAAUGCACAGUAGCAAAUGACGACAAUGUUCUUUGUUUUGCGAGUAUUACUCCAGUUCAUGGGCUUUUCGGGAUCGUCUUCAUUCGUCCAGUCGACCACAUUGCCUAAGCUACCAUCUAUAUCCUCGCCGUUGUUCGCGCCAUUGGUCUCGUACCCACGGUUCGUUGAGUCAUGCUCUAAACCGAAUUCUAAAGCUGGGGUAUCGCUCAGCUGAGUCUUUUCUUUCAUCGCUAGAUUUGGGGACCUGAGUCUUCGUUGGAAAAUAUGUCUAUAACCAAAGUCGCGUAAUCCGUGUGACGCUGUGAUAUGGUCGCAGUUUACUGGUU